UUGAGCACGAAUAGGGUGACGAGCAUUUGCUUAGCUAGAGACAUCCACUGACUCCUGUGAUCAUUACAGAAAUGCUGAUGUGAGCUGUUCGGGAGACAAUGGGGAGAAAAUGGACAUACUGUGCAGUUUACUCCAUCAUCCAGAUACAGUUUUUCAGGGGCAUAUGGGAAGAAAGAGUCAAUACAGGAGAAACCAUAUAUUCUCCACCUGGAUCUGACAUCAACUUGACCUGCCAAACAACAAAGGAGAAAGAAUUCUUGGUACAGGCACAGUGGUCUAAGGUCACUGAUAAAAACGAUCCCAUCGUUGUUUAUCACCCUCAGUACGGCUACUACUAUACUCAGAGGCAUGCCCAUGAGGCACAAGAGGCUUCCAUCAAAAUUCGGAGGAAUGUAACAGAAUGGAUUCUGUCCUUAAGGAAUAUCUCUACCAACUUCAGUGGACAGUAUGAGUGCAGCUUUACUGUGUAUCCAGAAGGCAUCCAGACUACAGUCUACAACCUCGUUGUGGCACCUCUUACACAAGAGGAACACAACUAUACAAUAGAAACAGAGACGAAUUGGACUCUGGAAAUACCAUGCUUUCAAAAUACCUCCUCGGAAAUUUCACCUGAGUUCACCUUUUCAUGGUUGGUGGAGAAAGAUGGAGUCCAGGAAGUUCUCCUCACCCACGAUGACCACAUCUGCAAUUCCACAUCAUUUAAAGGCAGAGUCAAGCUGGGUACAGACUCUGGACUCCACCUGUCCCCGGUCCAAAUCCAAGAUGAUGGCUUGAUAUUCUCUUGCCACCUGAGAGUCAAUCCUCUUGAAGUCUGGAAGACCUUCACUACAGUCAAGGUUUUUGCUAAGCCAGAAAUCCUCAUGAUCGUGGAAAAUAGCACCAUGGAUGUCUUAGGAAAGAAAGUAUUUACCUGCCUACUGAAGAAGGUAUUCCCCAAAACAAACAUCACCUGGUUAAUAGAUGGAAGGUUUCUUCAAGGCAACGAAGAAGGAAUAUACAUUACAAAUGAUAAGAAGACUGACAGAAGUGGAUUUUGGGAAGUAAAGUCGGUUUUAACAAGGAUGCAUGGUGACUGGCCGGCGCAAUCAAACAACGUGACAGUUCAGUGUAUGGCUCUGUCCCCCGGCCCCAGAAAUAAAAUGUGGACUAUCUCAUCACAAGCCAUCAUGCUUCCCUUGGAUUCGGUGAAUGUCCCAACGGAACACCUCGCCAGUGUGACAGGAUCUACCUUGGGCACACAACCUUUUCCAAAUGACAAUGUGUCUCCUACAACCAGCAAUUCCAGAAUGACCACUAAAGGCUACAACUAUGUCCAGACAUCCAGUGGAGCAGACGGCAAAAACUCCUCAAGAGCUGCUUCCUCCAGUAGUGGAUCUUGGCUUUCUCCUUCCAUUUCACCUCCAGAAUGGCUGUCAUCGCCUGGUACUUCCACCAAACCUCUCCAGCCAGAUGCCCCAGCAGAUGCAUUGAUACCCAGUGAGAUGCACACUUCAGUCCCCUCAGAAGCAAGCUUGGCUCCACACGAUGUCAUCUCUAGCACAACCAAAGAAUUUCCAGAUGUCGCUACAACGGCAAGAGGAAUGACUAAAAAUUACCACAACUAUAUCACCAGUAUCACUGUUAAUAAGCCCAGAGAUGGAAUGUCCUGGCCUGUGGUUGUAGCAGCUUUGCUCCUUUUCUGUGCAAUAUUGUUCAUGCUAGGAGUAAGAAAAUGGUGUCAGUAUCAAAAAGAAAUCAUGGAAAGACCCCCACCUUUCAAGCCACCACCGCCUCCCAUCAAGUACACGUGCAUUCAAGAGCCCACUGGACAUGACCUGCCUUGUCAUGAGAUGGAAACACUCUGAGCUUCUGAGGUUUGCCACGCAGUAAAGCGUUUCUGCCAUCCUAUUGAAAGCUAGA